AUGGACGGAGCGAACGAAAGGAUGAGAGCAAAUGAAGAUAUGGGUAAGGAGAUUAAGUCCCUGGAGAAACUGAAGGAGAAAUAUAAGGGGCAGCUGAUGCUAGCCGCAAAGUUACAAAAUCUGCAGAAAGAUCUAGAAUCCCAUUGUAAAGUUGAAGAUCAUGAUUUGAAAAGAAAAUCGGAAAAAGCCAAAUUUUUCCACCAGAAGCUAAGUGGCUAUGACAAAACUAUCCGACGCCUUAAAUCGGAAUUAACGGACGCCGAAUUGUCAUCGUCGUUAUACCAUAGUGCCCUGGUUCAAAAAUCCAAGGAUUUGCAGGCCAAAAGAGACGAGCUGAAUGCAGUAAAGCAGAAAUUAAAUGCUUUUCAUUCUCUGUCGCCUGAUUCUAAGCUGGCCAAAGUAGAGUUAGAAGAAGCUAAAAGAGAAUUAGAGUCCAUAGAGAAAAAAUUAUCAUCUCACAUAGAUUUCAUUCACACUUGA